GGUACCACGUGACCUGAUCGCGCAACUUCCGGCAACAAACCAUAAAGCAGCUGCGCGACUCCGCCGCGAUCAAAACGCUGAAAAACUGCAGCCGGAGAAGGCUGGCGGAAUAAGACGCCUUAGAAUUUAUCUUAGCAUUCGAAGACAAGAGUUGUGGCGCUGUAUAGAAGUUGACGAUUUUUGUUUUGUCUUGUGAGAAAAUUUGUAGAGCAGACCAGCGUUAGGUAGAUCAACGCCAAGGACAUCGACAGGUACCAAGCUACUAGGUAAUUGGAUUGCUACUGGGCAGAAAGCGGUGAUUUUUGACAAGAAUUAGCGGUCCUUUCUGCAAAGAGAAGACAGAAUGCCGUUCUUGGGUCAAGACUGGCGAUCUCCCGGCUGCGUGUGGGUCCGGACAUGCUCGGGUUGGGAGAGGCUGCUGAGGCAGGACCCUUCACGGGAGUUCGGAGAAACCGAAAGUUUCCAGAGGAUAGAUGAGCAGAACCAGCGUAACAACGAGAAGCAUCAGACUGGUGAGACUGUGGACAACAUACCCACCUGCGGGGCUCACUGUGAAGAACCAGAGGAGAGAGAAAUUUUGGAUGGAGUGUCCAAACUGCUUGAAGCAGCAGGAGACCAGCCUGGGGAUGGGGACCUGUUGGAGGGGGAGGUGUCCAAGUUACUGGAGGUUACUGGAGAGAGCACACUGGGAGAGUGUUACCACUGGGUGUACUACAGCAGGGACAGCACUCGGGAGUGCCAUGGCUACCUAACCCUGGGAGAAGCUGUCAGAAAGCUGGACUUCAGCAAUGCAGUGGAAGACACAAAAAGGUUCAGAUAUGUUUGUAAGCUGCUCCACCUAUUGCUUGGUGAGAAAAUGACAGAGCUGGCUGGUAGUGCCCAGAAAAACCUCUUCAGUAUUCUGGAAAAGAUUGUCAACAGAGUUAUUGAAUCCCAGACAGACAUUGGUCCCAUCCACGAGCUGCUGACCAUGGCUGCCAAGUCUCUGUGGGAGGAGCGCUGGCACCACAUAGGCUACAGUAAGACCCUGUGGAUCCAGCGCAUGGAGGCUCUACUGAGGAUGAAGGGCAAUCUCAACAAUAUCAGGAUCAAAGAGAGAAGUGAUGAUGGGAAGAUGACCUUGACUGACCUCCCCAACGAGGUCAUCCGUGAGAUUCUCCACAGGGUUGCGGAUCACAGGGACAUCUUCAGCCUGGCCGCGUCCAAUCGCGGCAUGUCAGAGUUCGGCAGGGACUGGAAAAUGUGGAAGAAUCUGUGCGAGUUUCACUUCACAGAAGAGCAGAUAAAGACAUUUCUGAAGGAGGACAAGGAAAACAAAGACAUACCAUGGCAGGAAAUCUACCUUAGGUGUUACAGGAGGUUCGGCCCCCGGGAAGUGUUCACAGACAUGCUGCAGCUCUGCUGCUCCUGUAAGGUCCUCUUCUGGAAGGACACAGGCCACCCCUGUCUGGACCCAGCGAAUGCUGUCAGCCUCCCCAUCACCCCUAAGGACUUCCUCAAACUCUUUGAGAUGUGAGUAGCAGAUAGCAGCAUCUCAAGGAGACUUGUCUCCCCCAAACCACAUUUUCCAGCCAUGGUGAUUUGAAAAGGAAGUGGGUUGUGAUGUGUACAAUACAAGCAAAAACAACAGUUCCACUAUUGGUAUGUGUGUAAAAUAUAUUUCCUACUACAAAUGUGCACAUGUAUAUAUUAUGAGAGAAUGGUAUAGUAGUCUAUUAUACACUUGUAUUGCUUAGCUCAGCAAAGUUGGUCAUAAUGGAUAAAAUAGUAUUAUUUCUAAAACCAAAACAGUACUUAGGAAAUAAUCUAACUAGUUUUAUGACAUGAAUGGAAAGAAAUCAUGACGAAAUGAUCAUGAUACCAUCUGGCUGGUCACAAGGACUAAGUCCUGGAAAUCUAGUUGGUCUGACAGCCAUAGGUGAAAGGCAAGUGUACAUUACUGCUAAGUACACCUUUGUGUACAUAUUUAUUUUCCUUUUUUUCAAAUGGAGUGUGCUUUGAGGUGAGGUGAGGUGCUUUAGCUACUUUUUAUAUGGUAUAUGUUGACAGGUUGUCGUUUUUCUCCUGAAUAUAUGAUAUCGUGUAAUUUACUGAUAUCAAAAAUAGGUUACUUUUGAUAUUGAUUAAGCAAAUUUAAAAGGUUUGAAAUACAAUAAUGUAUGAACACACAACUUUAUAUUCUAUAUUUUAACUAUCCUCUAUUCAUUCUUUUUUAUCUCAGCUUUUAUCAAAAUAGAAACUUGACUUCUUGGGAAAGUUUAUAUCAGGGUUUAUGUUUUUUAAAAGGACAUGUCUAUUUCUGUGCACAAGGUUUUCAUAUAUAUAUAUAUAUAUAUACAUAUAUAUACAUAUGACACAGGAUUAGGAUGACACACACCUUUUGUAUGGGAUGACUACAUGUAGUAUGUAUUCCAUGAUACUGCAUUAGACACACAUAUUCUAAAUGCAAACUUGUAUAGAUGCUAUUGUUUGUAUAUGUAGUGAAGAUAUAUAUUAUACUCUUGUAGAUCAACAUUUUGUAUCAUGUCUGUGAAGUAUAUAAUCUAUAUAUAUAUAUAUAUAUCACUGUUAGAAGUAUAUACAUGUACAUAUACAUUUUAUUGCAACUUAUGACAAUACUCUUUCAUUUGCCAGUGUGUUAUUGUUUUCCAUUCAUCAAAUGUAGUUGGUUGACAAUGACUGCCAGGCUAAAUACACCAGCUUUGAGUGGUUCUUUUCCCCCACAAAACUCCAAGAGAGUAUGAUGAUCAGGUCUUUUUUUUUUAUAACAAAUAUUUAUUGUAGAAAGUUGUGGAAGGAUACAGUAAAGAGAAAUGUCAGUGUGUAAAUGGGUAUUCCUACUUGUCACCAAAGAUUCCUCCAGAUCUGUACAGACGUUGAGGAGAGGAAAUGUAUAUAUUAUUACCCAUGUAGCGUAUGUUACAUCCAGAAUACUGGUUUGAAGAUUGCUCAAGUCUGGUUCCCAGUACUUGUAGAGCGAAGGCGCAUGUGUCUGCUGUUGUCUCUUUUUUCCAUUCUCAUGAGCACAGGGGAAUGGAUUGAGAUGAGAAAAUGAACACAAGAGGGGUGAGAAAAAUACCAAUCAACCCAUAUAUUUUUUUCCAAAUGCAGAAAGUUUAUCAAAGCAUCACAAUCUUAGCUUAUUUUUCUGUCUUGCUCAAAUUGAGUUUAGCUGGCAUGACAUGGAAUGGAUAUGCCUUUUCUGAAUAUUGUUGUUGAAAUGUGAAAACUGUUGUUGAAAUGUGAGAUGAGAAUUAAUUGUUAAAAUUUGUUGAAGAACUAUUAAUUCUAGGAGCAAUGGACAGAAACUUUCUAAUAUGGAAGUAAUAAAUACUACUGUAUAUAGAUUGUUGUCAGUCAAUAUUGUUGUGACAAUGUGUUUUUGCCUUGUCAAGGUGGUUAGAAUGGUCUUAAGUUCUGUGCAGAUUUUUGUUUGUGGGCUACAGAAGGAGCAAUGAAUUGUUGGCAUAAAUGUGGAUUCAGAUCUUGACCACUUGAAUAUGAUGGUUCACUUGUUAUUUCACUAAUUUUCACCAGAGGGCGUUGCUUCACCGCUGGUCACUGUAACAGUUGCAAACAGGAAUGCAUUUUCUACAAAACAAGUGUCAACUACCAGCAUUUACUAUGUGUAAGUUUUAUAAAUGUACCCAAAUUAUGUGUUACAAACAUAUUGAAUAAAGCUCUCAGAGGAAAAUGAA